AUGUCAGAUAUGGCGGAAACCGAGCCACUCAUCACUCCCACAACUAUAGUGGCGCUGUUAKCGGUGGAAACGCUGGUAGCUUUCGGCUAUCUCCUCUCCACCCUACUCCUCCCGAAAAACUGCGGACCCAAGACACGCGUUCUCUUCGUCUGGCACGCGUUCGACGCAUUGGUCCACUUCUGUCUCGAAGGGAGCUUCUUGUACAACUGCUUCUUCUCCUACGUGACCGUCGACGGCGAUGUCCAAUCACCUUACCUGCCCCCAAACAUCCACUUCCUAGGUCGCUCUGACAGGAUCUACGGCGCGGAACAUGCCACCAACUUCUUCGCCUUGCUAUGGAUGGACUACGCCAAAGCGGAUAAGAGAUGGGCAGGGACUGAUUUAACUAUCAUCAGUUUGGAACUCUUGACGGUAUUCGUGGUUGGGCCAAUGUGUGUAUGGGUCUGCUAUUGCCUGUGGAAACAGAGGAGCGAUGUCUGGUUCUGGAUGAUCGUUCUCGCGACUUCGGAGCUGUAUGGAGGUUUCUGUACGUUUGCUCCGGAAUGGCUCACUGGGAAUGUCAAUCUUGACGGGUCGAAUCCGUUGUUCUUGUGGGUAUACCUGUGGCUGUUUAAUUUUGGACUGUGGGUCGCCAUUCCUGUCUGGAUUAUAUAUGAGUCGUACGGCAAGAUCGUUGGUGCUCUGCGUCAACAGAAUCUGGUGGAAUCGAGCAAGAAGGCGAAGUAA